AUGCCAAGUAAACAAGUUACAUCAACUUCUACAAAAAAUACAAUUUAUGAUAAAUUUAUAAAUUUUAUACAAUUUUAUUUAUGUAAUAUAAUUCAUAAUCCAAUAAUCUCAUCAAUUAUAAUAAUAUCAUAUUUAUAUUUUCAAUUUAUUAAUAAAAUCAUAUUGAAGAACAAUUCAUCCAUUCUUAAUGAACCAGUUGAAUUUGAGAUUGAAAAAGAUAAUUUUAUAUGGGAUAUAUUAUCAACUAUUAUAAAUAUUAUAUUUAUAUUAAGGUUCCAAAUUAAUUUUAAUCCAAUUAAAUUUUUUAGUAAAUUCAUAAGUAAAUCAAAAAACAUACCAACAACAAGAUCAUCUAAAUAUUUAAUUACAUUAAUUUUAGAAAUUUCAUUUUUUUUAAUACAAAUUGUUUCAUGUGUUUAUUUGAUUUUAAAUUUUAUAAAUAUAAUAUAUUCUCAAAAGAUAAAAAUAUUUAUAUUAUUACAAAUAAGUUUACCAAUAUUUAUAUUUGGAUUAACUUUUAUUAAUAAUAAACUGUUGUUAGUAUGUUUAAAAGAAUGUAAUAAUAAUUUUUUACCUUUUUUUAUAAGUAAUUCAUUUUUAUUUAUAAAUUUAAAAGAUUUGGUUAAUAAUGAAGUUGAUGAAGUUGAAUUUCCAAAAUUGGUCACUACAGAUAAUGAAUUUUUAAAUGUUGAUUUCAUCUUUAAAUUGGCUAAUUAUUCAUUUAAAUUUUAUUUAAUUUAUCAAUUUAUUAUUUAUGAAUUGAAUCAAAUUAAAAAUUGUGAAGAAGAACAAGAAGAGGAAGAAGAAGACCAAGCAAUUGAAGGAUUAAAAGAUGAAAAAUUAUUGAGUGAUAAUCAAUGUUAUGAGGGAUGUUAUGAAUCAACUACAACCACCACAUCAAAAACAAACAAAUUCAAUUAUAUAAGUUUGAAGAACUAUCUUAUGUUGGUUACAUGUAUUUUUAUGAUUUUAUAUGAUUGUUUUAAUAUUUUUUAUGUAUAA